CUUUCUGACUGUCACUCUGGUGUAAAAUUUUUUAGACAUCAUGUCUCCCGUCGUCAAUUUAAUUUAAUUCGUGAAACAAACAGCAGAAUUUAGCGACGAUUACGAACAACUAGGCAGGGAGGUUCCACACGAAUGCUCGGACCCGAUGAGCGGCGCAAGAACCUACAGUAAGAGGGAUCCCGGCGGCGACGAGGACGGUGGCAAGGAGGCGUCUGCCGAGUCGGCUGAAUCGCUAGAACAUCUCACGAUACCAGAGCUCCUAGACCGUUGGGCCAUAAAGAAGUCUGAAAAGCAGGGAGCACAGAUAUUGCGGCUACUCGAACUGCGCACCAAGGAAGCGGAGCAGAAGGACGCACAGCGAGCCCUACAGCAGCAGAAGAACUUGCAGAAGCUAGCGAACUGCCGCCAGAAGGCGCGGGCCCAAGAGCAGGCGCGUCUGCGUGACGGCAAACUCCGCUGGAGUACCCAAGAGGAGGAGUCCAAGGAAGCGAAGCGAUUGGCGGCACUACGUAAGGACAUUGAGCAUCAAAUCUUGGUGCAACAGGAAUCAGAGGCGAGGCGUAUCCGCGAAGAGGCGGUCUGGGGUAGAAAAAACGAGCAGCAGAAGAAGAACAGGAAAAGCAACGAUAAAUCAGAACAGAAGCUAAUUCAACAGAGGGAGAGAUUCAGUCAUUACGAGACGCUGCACACAGAGGCCCAGCAGCGAGGCGAAAUGGUCAACAUACCGAUGGCAAAUCUGAAGCCCAUCCUCAAGCCGGCACCUGGAUCGGCCACUGGCGGUGGCGUGCGUUACUUUUCACAGUUUAGCAAAGGCGGCGGCACCACUGUCGCCACCAACAGCACUAGCACCACACUCGUGCACCAGCAGCUGCAGCGUAAGCAAACGGCCAACGGGGAUCUCCAUGGCACGAAUGGCAAAGUGGCUGUCGUUGCCAAUGGCAUGCGCAUGAAAGCAGAGCAGCAGGAGGGCAAACAGGAAGCUAUAACCAAAACAGAGGCAGACAACCAGCCAGCAGAGGAUGCUUCCGUCGCAGAUGGUCCGCUGGCGCUGCUCAGCAACCAGCAGCCAGCAGAGUCGGACGACCCCGAGCUGGACAUUGUAAUCAACAAUGUGGUGUGCACGUUCAGUGUGCGUUGCCACCUCAAGCUGAGGGACAUUGCGCUGCGCGGCUCCAAUGUGGAGUAUCGCAGGGAGAACGGCAUGGUGACCAUGAAGCUGCGACGUCCCUAUACGACAGCCUCCAUUUGGUCAUCCGGCAGGAUCACCUGCACAGGCGCCACCUCUGAGGAAAUGGCCAAAGUGGCGGCCAGGCGGUAUGCCCGCUACUUGGGGAAACUCGAUUUUCCCACACGCUUUCAGAAUUUUCGCGUCGUGAAUGUGUUGGGCACCUGCAGCAUGCCCUGGGCCAUCAAGAUUGUUAACUUCUCGACCAAGUAUCCGAAGAAUGCCAGCUACGAGCCGGAGUUGCAUCCAGGCGUCACGUACAAGAUGCACAUGCCCAAGGCCACGCUGAAGAUCUUCUCCACGGGAAGCAUAACAGUGACAGCUGCCAGCGUGAACGAUGUGGAGGCCGCCAUACAGCAGAUAUAUCCAUUGGUCCAUGAGUUCCGCAAGCAGCGUUCGCCCGAGGAGCUGCAGCAUUUGAGGGCCAAACAGAACAAAAAUGCCGGCAUCACUGGCAACACCAUCACCGACGCCAACGAGGCCCUGGCACUGGAAGAGCAAAUCCUGACCCAAUCAAAGAUGCAGUCACGCAGCGACAUCUUGGUGAAUGCCACCGCUGCCCAUGCCAAGACGAUUCCCAGCAGUGCGGCUGGGGAUCUGGUCAAUGCAGCGGUGUGCAAUGUGCAGCGUCUGAAGCAGAUCGAAUCGUAUCGCCAGAUGUCCAGCCAGACUCAGGAGGAGCGCCGCCACAUACCCUUCCCGCGUGACAAGACCGAGGAAGGGCUCUUCCCCCACUCGGCAGCCAGCGUGUCUUCGACGGAUAAUAUCUGCGCCAAUGCCCGACGACGGGCCACCGAAUGCUGGGCGACCAAGAACAAACGCACGCGCUACAAUGAUCCCAGUGGCGGCACACUAGUGGCUGCUGGUAAGACUAAUACUGCGACGAUGAGUGCCAGUACCACCGCCUCCUCGUCCAAUCCCGCCAUCGCCAACCAAUCAACCAGCACCAGCACAUCCGCCACCACCAUUACCGGGCCCAUUCUGCCGCUCUCCUCGCUUACGCCCAUUGGCAGCAUUAGUGGCGGGGUCAGCGGCAGACCAUUUAGCCUGAUGGCCGCACGCACUAUCCCUGCCACGGGGACGAUCAUCAACCUAAAGCAAAGCUGCAUUAAGCCAUUGAAUCGCGAUGCUCUGGCCGCAUUCACCGCUGCCUCCAGUGGUAGCAUCGCUACCGCCGUCAAUUCCACUGCCACAGCCAAGGCUGUACCACCUCCAGCUGCACUCAAGCGGCACUCCCGUGGAGGAGGACACAAUUAAGCUGCAUCCUGUGUGGAGGAAUUAAUUUCACGCAGCAACCAGCAACGAAUGGCGCAUAGAAUACAUACAGUACACGUACACGUACACUAGCUUGAGCUGCAUGCAUCGAUACACCUAUAGAUAUUUUGAUAUAUCAUAAUAUUAGCAUCACUAGUUUGUCUUUUGUCGUAUUACAAAUAAAAAAUCAAUAAAAACGUACUCCCAUGGACUGCAUUCA